CCAGGGAGCCCAAAAGCGCUGCUGCGCUUCGGCUUUUUCUCCUUUUUCAAACUUUUUUUCCUUUUUUUCUUUUUUUUUUCUUUUUCUUUUUGGAGGGGGUGUCCGGCGUGUCCCUCCGCCCACCCAGCGCUGCGACAUCCGCGCGUUCCCCGGUUAUUCCUCUUUCUGUCGUUGUUCCCCAUCCCGGUGGCCCCGGCGCGGCCGUACCGGGCUGCGGGACCCCCAUCCCGGUUUCCAAUUCCGCUUCCUAAUCCCGGUUCCCCAUCCCGGUUCCUCAUCCCGAUCCCGCAUCCCUGUUCCCCAUCCCUGUUCCCCAUCCCGGUUCCCCAUCCCGGUUCCUUAUCCUGGUUCCCCAUUACGGUUCCUCAUGCCGGUUCUCCAUCCCGGUUCCCAAACCCAAUCCCGGAUCCCGGCUCCUCAUCCCGGUUCCUUAUCCUGGUUCCCCAUUACGGUUCCUCAUGCCGGUUCUCCAUCCCGGUUCCCUAUCCCAGUCCCGAAUCCCGGUUCCCUAUCCCGGUCCCGCAUCCCGGCCUGGAGCCGUGCCCGGGGAAGGAGCGGCCUCUUCCCUCCCCCUCUGCACAGAAAUAAAAGUUUUGCCGAGCGGAUCAGGCCUGGCACGGCAGGGCCGGGGCUGCCCGGGGUUAUCUGUGGUGACCGCGGGUAUUUCCCGGGACACAAACCUUCCGGGGCUGCGGGAAGGGCCUGGCUGGAGCCGCCAGCCGCUCUCCCGUGCGGCUCCGCAUCACCCCGGGGCUCUCCCUGCACCCCCGUCCAGGUGGGCAGGAAACACAUCCCGGCUUUUCAGGAGAAGGAUUUGGUGGGAGCUGCCCAAAAAGCUGCGCCCCUUCCCACCUCCCUCCUGCCCGCGCUCCUCGGCGCCUUUCUGGGGCAGAAACCUCCGAGCUCUGCUCCUUCCCCACAGCCGAGCCCAGAAUUUUUCACCGCGACUCGAGCGUUAAAGUUUCCCUCGCUGUUUCAUUCGCAGCCUUUGUGCGGCCGGACCAUCCUGGGGCAGCGGCCGCCGCCGUGCCCUGUCGCGAUUGUCGCCGUUACCCUGGCCAGGGGGGGCUUCAAGGAUAUCCAAGCAAAAUCGGGCAGGAGGUUGUUCCGAUCUCAGCUGGAGCCAAAACCCGAACAAAAUGUACCUGGAGAGGAGCAGAACCCGGUGACAGCAGAUUGUCCCCCGGCCCUGCUGCUGCUGAUUGGCAGCACGGGGACAAUUGGGGAGGGUCAGGGAUGGAACGGGAAGGGUCAGAAUUGGGGCAUUUUUCCCCCUGCAGAUCCAUCUGCUGGCAGGGGCUGUGCCUGCCCGGAGCUGCUGGGGGCUGGACGGGCUGGAACAAUAAACAAGAACACGGAGGGAACAUCCACGGAGGAGUUUUUGGCAGGAUAA